GUAAUGAAGUUUGUGUGUCAGUGGCCGCUCGGUUAGCCCGUUAGCUGUUGAUGCCUGGAGGUCCGCUCAGCCUCACCUCCGAUGGCUGAGGAGAGAAUGAUGAGCGGGAAGACGGUGGUGGUGACCGGGGCUAACAGCGGGAUAGGAAAGGCCACGGCGGCCGCCAUCGUGAAGCUCCGGGGCCGCGUGAUCAUGGCCUGCCGGGACCUGGGCAGCGCGGAGGAGGCGGCCCGGGAGAUCCGAGAGCAGACCGGGGCCGAUCGGGCCCAGCUGGUCCUCAAACAGCUGGACCUGGCCUCCCUCACAUCUGUACACACGUUCUGUCAGGACAUGAUGAAGGAGGAGCCUCGGCUGGACGUGCUCAUCAACAACGCUGGAGUCUACCAGUGUCCUUACACCCGAACCGAGGACGGCUUCGAGAUGCAGUUUGGGGUCAACCACCUGGGCCACUUCCUGCUCACGCACCUGCUGCUGGACCUCCUGAAGCGAUCUGCUCCCAGCCGCAUCGUGGUGGUGUCCUCCAAACUCUACAAGCACGGUCACAUCAACUUUGAGGACUUGAACAGCGAGCACAGCUACGACAAGGCCUUCGCCUACAGUCGGAGCAAACUGGCCAACCUGCUGUUCACCUGUGAGCUGGCCCAUCGACUGGAGGGCAGUGGUGUGACGGUGAACGCCCUGACUCCAGGCUUAGUGAGGACUAAUCUGGGGAGGCACGUUCAUGUCCCGGUGUUAGCUCAGCCCAUGUUCAACCUGCUCUCCUGGGGCUUGUUUAAGAGCCCUGAAGAAGGAGCUCGGACUUCAGUGUUCUUGGCCUGCAGCCCAGACGCAGGCGGUGUGCAGGGAAAGUGCUUCGCAGAUUGUCGGCCUCAGGUUCUGCUGGACAAGGCCACAGACCGGGAAGUCGCCAGUAAGCUGUGGGACAUUAGUGAAGUCAUGGUGGGCAUAACCACAUGAGUUCAAGAUCUCAGGACCAGAUUGUCGUCACAGAGUGAAGUGAAUGAUCUGAUAUAUUUUCUAAUUUAUAGUGAAUGACAGAGUGCUAUAUUUGUGUGAUUCGGGUAAGGGCUGGCUAUCAGGUUCACUACUUUGAGGAGUAUGCUUUUUUUUCAUUAAAAGCCUCUGAAACCACAGAAUGCAGAUUUUUCCCUGUGGGUUAAAUAAUAGUUAACAUAUUUUUAAACAUACACAUACAUUUAAAUCAAAAUUAAUUUUCUUUCAAGGUAUGAACAAAAAUCCCCUGGGCUUUAGACUUGUCAUAUGAGUCAUAGACAUUAUGAUCAAAUACAUUUGGAGUAAAUAUGCCGAAGUGUAUAAAAUAUGUUAGAAUAUAUUCAUUUAAAAAUAAAUGUAACUUAAUUCCAAAAAGUGUGUCAUUUUUUUUUCAUAUCCAUGAUAAUGGCCUGAGUUACGUUUUUCUAAGUUUCUUUUCUACAGUUACGAUGCAGCAUAAUAUAACAUUUGAGUAAAAACACAUUGCACUAUACAAUUUCACACUUAUGUCAUAUUAUCAACAGUAAGUUAUAAGGUUCAGUUCAAUCGCUUUUAUUAAAGAUGGAUCACAACAAUUUGCAGUCAACAACCUGUUCCAUUCCAGUACUCCAGGUGGCAGUAAUGUAGAAUACUGUACAAUAAAUAUGAUACUGUACAAUAUGCGAUUCUACUUGUUCAGCUGUUGAUCGCAUAAGACUAUUAUGAAGCGUUUUCAAAAUAUUCGAAAAGCUAAACAGAUUUUGUGAUAUAUAGCAGAGACUUAUUAGCUGCAAUAAAAUACUUGAGUACUCAACCAAUCAGGCAUCUUUCAGCGCUGUUGGCUCCACCCCAAGGAUACCUGUACCCUAGUUCCUGAAAUCUUAGCCCCUGUUCUGGAGUUCCUGCGUGGGUUCCAAGUUCCAGGGGAAAGUUCCUGUGGUGGAAAUGCAGCUUUAGGCAGAAGUUUCCUAUCAGACAGAACUCAAUGCCUUGAGAUAUAUUUUCUUUGAAAACAUGACGGGUACUGUCAUUUCUCAACAAGGUCUCUGCUCUUCGGAAGCCGUUCCUUGUAUUAACAUACCAUUGAUAAGCAGUCACUUACAGUCAGGGCCGGUCUUUCCUACAGGCGACAUAGGCAGUUGCCUAGGGCGCCACUCAGAGGGGGGCGACAAAAACUGCGCAGAGCAAAAAAAAAAAAAUGUUUUAUUUUUGCGCCCCCUUCUCUAUGUGGUAUGGCCAAAAAACAUUGUAUUUAAUUACUCUGACAGUUAUUUAAGUAGUUUCAUUAGAGAAAUCAGUAAAUGACAGCAGCACUCAGGUGGAACGUUUGGCACGGGAGCAGUUGCACCCUGUACUGUCAGAUGCAGUCUGGAUGAGGAACUGAAUGCUCCGUGUCGUUCCUGCUGCUGCUUCCAUCCUGUAUUCUACAGGUUAGUAGUGGGUGAGAGUCACCUACGUUAGCUCAUAAAGCCUCGCUUGAUCACUACGGGUGUCAUUGAGACGUGUUGACAGGUACAAUUUAGAAACUCCGCUGGGCAGUGAGGAGAGACACUCGCGCACUAGGUGGGCGGGGCUACAUUCGCCUGUAUAGGUGUUUAUUUUACCUGCACGUCGUCUUGCAGGCGGGUCGCGAUAGUAUAUUGUUUACUUUACAGUGUGUAGUUCAGCUCUGACACACACAGACUCUGUAAUUCAUGUAUUGUUAUUGUGCCUUAUAAAGACCAGUUACAAGCUAAUGUUCAAUAGAUCUAUAUUGUAAAUGUUUAUAUUUCUUUAUGAGUGAUGAUGUAUCUUAAGAUGUUUGGAGGAAAGAGACACCAUAAUAAUUGAAUGUAUGUUUUAUGCACUUAAAAAUGCAGUUACACUCAAAGAAAUGCUUGUACUUGAAAUUGUGUUUAAUUUGAAUAAGAUGCAGUCUGGAUGUGGAACUGAAGGCUCCGUGUUGUUACUGCUGCUGCAUUCAGGCUGUAUUCUACAGAUAUACUUUGUUGCUGUGGUAUCAAUUUUGCGACCCAUAACAUAUAUCUCCAACCAAUACUUUGACAUUAAAAAAAUGUAUCUAACAUUAGGGUAAA